UGAGACGCUAAACUUUUUUUAGAAAAUUAGAAACUAAUAAAGUUCGGGAAAAUUCUACAAAAAUCCACAAUCUACAGUAGAGAGAAAAUACACAGCAUAAGGAUGCUGAUAAAGCAGAUUGUUGUGUACACUGUGUACACUGUGUACUCUAUGACCCCUGUAUGUGGCUGGAGUUUGAACCUGCUCCACGUGAAUGAUAUACACGUGAGAAUGGAGGAAACAAACAAGUACAGUGCAGGCUGUAGAAUAGAGGACAAGGAGCGGGGAAGAUGCUAUGGCGGAUUAGCGAGGUUGUACACAGCAGUAAAUGAACUUAAAAGAAACAAGACAAACACACUUUGGUUAAAUGCAGGAGAUUUUUUUCAGGGAACAGUCUGGUACUCUCAUUUUAAAUGGAAGGUGGUGUCACAUUUCAACAAGAUUCUUGGGUUUGAUGCAAUGAGUUUAGGAAAUCAUGAGUUUGAUGAUGGGGUCGAGGGACUCGAACCUUUUCUCAGGGAUAACACUUGUCCUAUAGUAGCCGCUAAUCUGGAUAUAUCCAAGGAGCCUCUUCUCAGUGGACUGUUCACUCCGAGUAUAGUGUUGGAUGUAGGUGGGAGAAGAGUUGGGAUUAUUGGAUAUGUUACAUUUGAUGAUGGAAAAAACCCCAGUGGACUGUUCACUCCGAGUAUAGUGUUGGAUGUAGGUGGGAGAAGAGUUGGGAUUAUUGGAUAUGUUACACCAGAAACAUUAGAAGUGUCUAACCCUGGAAAAGUUGGAUUUACCGAUGAAAUAACAGCUGUAAAAGCAGAGGUAGCUAAACUAACCGCAGCCGGCGUUGAUAUCAUAAUAGGACUGGGGCAUAGUGGAUACUAUAAAGAUUUAGAGAUUGCAGAACAGGUUCCUGAACUAGAUGUUAUUGUUGGCGGGCACACCCAUUCCUUCCUUUAUACCAACAAGGCGAAUAGUCCUACUAGAGAUGAAAGUAUCCAUGGUCCCUACCCUACUCUAGUUAGCAAUAGAACCCUAGUCGUUCAAGCUUAUGCAUACACUAAAUAUCUGGGCUUUCUCAAUAUAAACUUCAGGUGAAGUUCAUUUUUUUAAACAUACAUAUUAAGUAAGACA